UUGCCAAUGUUUUUGUAUAAUAAUUUUAAAACAGUAUUUAAUUUUACAAGUGAUUCUAAAAGGAAAUCAAUUCCAAAAUGUCCGGAAAAGAAGUGAAAGAGUGGUUCGUGGAUACAGUUUUUGGAAAAUUGGCAGUUGUAUCCUGGGGAGACCCCAGCCGUCCUCCAGUGCUGAUGGUCCACGGGUACAUGGACACCGCAGCCACAUUCAUUCCUCUGAUGGAAGAACUGCCUGAUAGUUAUUACUACGUCGCCUUUGAUGUUCCAGGCCAUGGCAAGUCGUGUCACCUUCCCAUGGGCCCUUCGCCGACCCAGACUAUUACCAUAGAAUCUGUGAGAGCCGUGGUCAAUUAUAUGGCAUGGGACUCCUUCCUGUUUAUGGGGCAUUCCAUAGGAGGCAUGGCUGGUGUCCUCUACAAUCGCCUUUACCCUGGGAAAAUAACUAGAAUAGUGCUUUUGGAUCCUCUGCUGGCUCUGGCCGUCUAUUACAAUGUAACGCACGACAUACAAGAGCAUUAUCGGCGUUCUUACUAUAAUUAUUACGACCAGGUUAUUACCAAUAAAAAUCCACGCAGUUUGUAUCCAUAUGACAAAGCUGUUUCAGUCAUAAUGAAGAACCGACAGUUGACCAGAAAGCAGGCUGAAAUCGUUCUCUCCAGGUCUUUAGAGCCACUUACAGGAGGUCUUUACAGGUUCACAACGCAGCCUAUAAUGAAGAAACUAGGCUGUCUGCCGUUACGGUUGAACAUGCUAAUCGACGUAUUAUCAAAGCAACCGCCCAUACUGAGCCUUGUGGCCUCCAAACAAAGGUUUCAAACCCAUGAGAAGGAAUUUAUAGAGCAGUUAAGCCAUGUUCUAAAGAGAGAACGUAAUUUUUACCAUACCAUAGAAGGUCACCACGACGUUCAUGUCACAAAUCCGGAACUUUUGGCGCCAUUUAUUGCGGACUUUUUGAAAAAAGAUCCGUUGGUCAAUAAGAAGGCCAAACUGUAAGGCUGAGUUGCAACACCUUACUUGUAACUUUUCACUUACGCCAGUAUACGUAGGAGCCAUCGAUAUGUCAUCGCUAGCGACUGCUUAUAAAAAAUUACAUGAAUAACUAAUUGUAAGUAUGACGCACUCUAGCGAAUGUAACGGGCACUAAGUAGAGUAGGUAUAAGAAGAUUUUAAAAACAUAAUAAUGUUUAAAGCCCGGUCUGUGAGCACGUAGAAUUUUGUCCAAUGACCCCAAGCUACCCAUCCUCACUCGCUCGCACACUCACUGCGGGCGCCCGUCGCACAGUCGCGACAGCAACAUAAUUACUCGCGAGCGAUAAGGAUGGGUAGCUUGGGGUCAUUGGACAAAAUUCUACGUGCUCACAGACCAGACUUAUAUUUAUUUAGACAUUAUAGUUCUUUAAAAUGAAACAUGAAUUGUAAAUAGAAUUUAUUUCAGUAUACAUAACAUUUUGAUAACUUCCAAAAUCACAAUUAAAA